GCCCGUUCGCUGAUCACUCUUUGCCGCUUGCUGCAUGUCCGUCUUAAUCUUAAUCCGCGCUAGGCCGCUAUCUCUGUUUUGCAACUUUAGACCGGCUCGCCAAAUUGUGAUCUGCGAAGCUUCUAGACAAGACACGAUGCCUAAGAACAAGAAGCUCGAGUCGGACAGCAGCGACUCGGACUCUGGGCCCGAGGACAGAAACCCAGCCCCCAGCAAGAAGCAGAAGACCGGCGGCGACAAGCAGGCCGCCUCGUCCUCCACCAAGGUGGAAGGCGCCGACGAACCCACAUGGGCGCUCGAGAAGAUGCGCUACGUCAAGAUUCGUGAGUUCAAGGGCAAGGUCUACAUCGACAUCAGGGAGUUUUACGAGAAGGACGGUAAGGAGCUGCCAGGAAAGAAGGGCAUCUCGAUGAGCGCCCAACAGUACCAGAAGUUCAAGUCCAUCAUUCCUGAAAUCGACGAAGAACUGAAGAAAAUCUAAUCACUCAAAAAUUGCUCUCAGCUUAUCAAUUUUUACUGUAUUUUGAAAUACUUAAGUUCCGUCAAAUUUAGAAGUUACAAAUUUGUACCACACUCUGUAUUAAAUUGUAUGCGUCAUUUAAUGAUUACACACAUAAAUAUGAUGUAAAAAGCUACAAACUAAUAAAUAAUGAAAUUA